CCGACGCCACAACACCAUCAUCAUACACGGCCAGGCCGCCGACGUCUCAACCGUUGAUGGAAGUCGGAACAGAAGUAUGGGUGCUCCAUGGGACCCGUUGGCAUCUAGCUGUUGUCGAUGCAUAUGAAGUAGAGAACGUCGUUGUCACGUGCCGGCUGACGACUCCAAACGAAGUCGACAGAGUUACGCUUCGAGGCGCGACCGACGUGGCCACCCACGUCCAUGUGUGCAACCCCCUCGCCCAGCGCGUCGAUGGCGUGGAAGACUUGACGACCCUAGUCCAUCUUCACGAGCCAGCUAUCCUGCACACCCUUCAAGUCCGAUUCGCAAAACAGGACAUCUACACCUCCACAGGUACCAUUCUCGUCGCCGUGAAUCCGUUCCAGACAUUGCCACGGCUGUACGACGACGCCACCGUCCAGCAGUACAUUGACCACGGCUACCGCCAAAGUGUCCGUGGCGAAAAGUUGCGGCCGUUGCCGCCGCAUGUGUUUUCUGUCGCGGACAAAGCGUAUCGGGACAUGACAAGCCUGCUCAACAACGGCAAUCCCAACCAGAGCAUCCUCGUCAGCGGCGAAUCCGGCGCUGGCAAGACGGAAACCACCAAGAUCCUCAUGACGUACUUGGCCGCCGUCUCGUCUUCUACAGACGCGGACGACACAUGCGCGAUUCGGCAGCGCGUCCUGGAAUCCAAUCCGAUUCUCGAAGCGUUUGGGAAUGCCAAGACCACGCGCAACAACAACAGCAGUCGGUUCGGCAAGUUCAUUCGACUCGGGUUCGACGCGGCCACGGGCGGCCUGCAGGGCGCGUCCAUCUCGACGUACCUCCUGGAGCGCGUCCGGCUCGUGUCGCAGGCCAAAGGUGAGCGCAACUACCACAUCUUUUACGAACUGGUGCGGGGCGCGUCCGCUGCACUUCGUCACACAUUUCACUUGUCGUCGUCUCCUGUCCACUCGUUUCAGUACUUGAACCAAAGCGGGUGUGUUGACCGCGAGGACAACGUGGACGACGGCGACCAGUUUGGCAAAACGUUGCGUGCCAUGACAACGUUGGACAUCUCGUCGCACGACCAAACGUCCGUGCUCCAACUCGUGGCGGCGGUGCUCCACCUCGGGAACAUCUCGUUCGUGUCCCAUCCAGACGGCCACGCCGCCGUGUCGUCGUUGGCCACCAACGAGUGUGAUGACGUCGUGUCGAUUGUAAGCAAGUUGCUUGGGCUCGAUGUGGCGGCAAUGGAAACGAGCAUGACCACCCGACGCAUCAAGGCUGGUUUGGACCAUGUCGUUGUGAAAUUGACAGCGUCGCAUGCCACUGUCGCACGCGACGUUGUGGCAAAGACCAUCUACUCGCGGGUGUUUGAUUACCUCGUGGAGCGCAUCAACAGCGCGGUAGCCGCGGCCGCGUCCGCCGACCGGUUCAUUGGCGUUGUCGACAUUUUUGGGUUUGAGAUCUUUGCGACCAACUCGCUGGAACAGCUGUGCAUCAACUAUGCGAAUGAAAAGCUCCAGCAACUGUUUGCGUCGUUUGUUUUUGAUAUGGAGCAACGCGAGUACGUCCAAGAAGCCAUCGAGUGGACGUUCGUGUCGUACCCCAGCAACGACGAGUGCGUUUCAUUGGUGGACGGCCGCCCCAUGGGUCUGUUUUCGCUCCUGGAUGAGCAAUGCCUUGUGCCCCGGGGCAACGACACACAACUUGCGGCGAAAUUCUACGACACGUUCAGUGGUUCGUCCUGUUUUCAAAGCUCCAAGCUGCAGCGAGGCCACGGCCAGUUUGCCGUCGUGCAUUAUGCCGGCACAGUUGUGUACAGCACCGCUGGCUUUUGCGACAAGAACAAGGACAGCGUCCACCCCGAAGCGCUCGAGUUGCUCGUAGGGUCCACAUUGCCGUUUGUGACAUCGUUGUUUCGAACGUCACCAACGUCGUCGCACAUGCGCAAACAUUCCCACUCGUCGAAACGUCAGUCAAGUGGUGGUGGCGGCGGCGGUGCCGUGUCGUCGUCGGUCGUGAUCAAGUUUAAGAGUCAGCUCACAACCUUGCUCGAGCUGCUCCACGCCACGGUCCCGCACUUUGUCCGAUGCAUUAAACCCAAUGACAUGUUGCACCCCGCCGAGUUUACCGCCCCGCGCGUUCUAGAGCAACUCCGAUGCAGCGGAGUCCUGGAAGCCGUCAAGAUUUCCAGGGCGGGAUACCCCGUCCGGAUGCCACACGCGAUUUUCCAGCGCGAGUUUCGACCCCUCUUGACCGACAAGACGGCCGACUUGGCGACGCAAGUGGCGGCGCUGACAGCAGCCCACGCGGACCUCGGGGCGUUAGAUCAUCCAUUCCAGAUAGGCCUCACCAAGGUGUUUAUGAUCCAAGCCGCGUACCAGCACCUCCAUCGGGUGCAAGUGACGCUGCAAGGGGCCGCCACAGGCACGUUGCAGCGGAUCGGUCGCGGGUUUGUCGCCCGUCGGCGCUACCGACUCGUCCGAAGUGCCAUCGUCACGGUCCAAAGCUGGCUGCGAUCGGUAACUGCCCAGCGCCACGUUCGUGCGUUGCAACAGGUGGCGCGGGAAGUUCACGCCGCCACGACCAUCCAGUCCAGGGUGCGCAUGCUUGGAUGCCGUCGGCAGUUCCACCGCUGCAACCAAGCGGCGACGGUGCUGCACCGUAUCGCACGGGGAUUCCUCGGUCGCCGGGCCGCCACCCGCCGCAAGAUUCUAGUGGACAAAGCCGCCCGGGCCGCGGCAAUGGUCGAACGUGCGCAGUUGGCCCAAGAGGCGCGGAACAAGGCGGCAGCGGCGGCGGAAGAAGUAGCCGCGCAAGCAAGUCUGCAUACCCCGUCCCCCGUUCAACUUCUUUCCCCCCACGUCAAAUCACCCCCCAUGUCCACAGAACAAGUUCCCGUCGCAAAGGUGCUCGUGCCCCUGAAACCCACCGUGGUGCGCGCGGUCUCGUUUGACGAAUUCAGCGACUCGGACGAUGAAGGCAGCGCCCCGACAGAAUCGACGUCGUCGUCGCCGUCUCGAUCGUCCACGAUCCCCAAAGUCCUCGUCCGAGACUCAGAGUACGAAAUCACGUGGGAGUGCGGUAUGCUGGGGCUGUACUUUGAGAGCGACGACACGUCGGGCCUCCCGAUCGUCCGGCGAGUGCAUGAGACCCUGAGCACAUGCGCCGACAUCUUUGACGUGAGUCGAGGUGACGUCCUCCUCUCGGUGGGCUCGCAGAUGGUCGCGCACAACGACAUCCGGCACAUCCUCAAGCUUCUGCAGGACGUCCCCAAGCCCGUGAGCCUCCGGUUCCAGCGGACACACAAGAGUAUGCGCGAGUCGUCGGCGCUCAUGUUGGACGAGUACGAAGUGCUGUGGCGGGACAGCAUUCCGCUUGGCCUUGGGUUCAAGCCUGACAUGAAACGCGGCAUGCCGUGUGUGUCCAAGUGCCGGGGGAACCCCCAGAUUCCAGGCAUGUUUAACGUGAGGUUGGGCGACUACUUGACUGCGAUCAACGAGAUUUCUACGUACCGAAUCGACUUUUCACGGGUGAUCACGCUGCUGGAGGAAGGGCCUCGGCCGGUGGUGUUGCGCUUCCAGCGCGCCGACCCCGACGACAUGGACGACAACAGCGUAUUGUCGCUUCGAGACACAAAUCUGAGCGGGACUUCGAGUGUAGUGAGCCGGGAAAGCGUGCGGGAUAUUCUGCGAAACGGCGACAGCACCGGCGUGCGAUUCAGCGACCGGGACAGCAUCGCGUUGAGUCGACUUAGUGUCAUGAGUUUGAACCCGAAAUUGGACGACUCGCUGUACAACAUUACGUGGAAGGACGAGGACGGCGCGUUGGGGAUUGUGGUCAAGCAGGCGAUUUCGAGCUUUUACCCCGAAGUGACCAAGGUGAAACCGGAAGGCGCGAUCUUACGACAGCCCAACAAGGUGCACAUUGGCGACCUCCUCGUGAGCAUAAACAACAACAACAUCAGCAAGAUGGGAUUCCGCAACGCCAUGCAUUUGCUGCAGAUUGGACCCAAGCCCGUGCUGCUCACGUUUCAAAAGAGCGAGCGCACGUCGCACGGCGGCGUCCCCGCCAGUAUUUAGCAGUGUCAGGACAACAUUUGUAGCAUUAACUAGUUUUAUCGUAAGGUCAAACAGCAAACUCGCCCAAUAGUGAAAUUAUAUUCCAACCCUUGUGGCAACAGAUUACUAUAAUUGAAUCGCCAAAAACACC